GCUCCACCGGCCUUUCUGUGUGUUCUCGUGGGACAGCCGCCGGGCCUCUCCACCUGGGGCCGGGCUCCUUACCUGGGGCCUGAGAAGUAUCUUGCGAGGCCCCGGAACCCGCAUUUCCGCCGGUGCCCCGGCGAGGGCACCGGACAGUGGUUUCGAUGAGGGGCAGGAAGAUCAACCCUAUCUGGGCUCCAGUAGGACGUACCUGCCAGAAGGAAGAAGUGCACGUGAUACCAAGUUUUCUCCGCUGUUUGGCUGGCGACCAGCCUGGUUUUCCCAGUCGUUCGUGUUUGCAGCCGAGGGGCUAACGCUUGGAAAGUCUGAUUUGACCAGCUUCAGUAGAGGCCGCAGAUUGCGGGUCGAAGGGUCCGGAGGCCCCGGGAGCUCAUUCCUGGCUCCAGAUGCCGAGGUUCCCUAGAACGGCUGGUGUUAGUUAGCCCGAGGGUAGUUGCCGAGCGAGGUGGACCAGUGCGGACCAGCGUCACCCACCCUCCGGAGUCCGGUGGUGGGGUGACCCUGGGUCCCGUGUCGUCCCAUGGUCCUGAGAGCGUGUGGCUGAGACCGGGUGCUGCCCGUGCUUGGCUGUCUGUUUCUGCCCUCGGCCACAUGUCCUGUGGGCUUUCAGAAGCUGCGACAAGCAUUCCCGCUUACCCUCCACCCACAUCUCCCGGAUGUUGCCUCAGCUGUGAUUUUUGAGACGGGGGGGUCUCCGUUGUUGCUGUGAAAUGCUCCCAGAGUGGCAGUGCUGAUGGCUGGUGACGCGCGGGGCGUGAAGGUGAAGCCUGGAAUGUCCGGGAAGAGGCUGCGGGGCUCGGGCAGGCAGCGCCUGCUGCUGGGCCUGCUGGUCGCUGUGGCCGCCGUCCACCUGGCCGCCUGCCCCUACACCAAGGUGGAGGAGAGCUUCAGCCUCCAAGCUGUGCACGACCUGCUCUUCCACCGGCUGCAGGUGGGGCAGUACGACCACCUGGAGUUCCCAGGUGUGGUCCCCAGGACAUUCCUCGGGCCACUGGUGAUCGCGGUGCUGUCCAGCCCUGCGGUCUGUGUGCUCUCGCUGCUGGGAUGGUCCAAGUUCUAUUCUCAACUGACAGUCAGAGCGGUCCUCGGACUCGGAGUGGUUUCUGGACUCUGGACUUUGCAAAAAGAAGUGCGGCGGCAGUUUGGGGCCACAGCAGCCACCGUGUUCUGCUGGGUGACGGCCACACAGUUCCACCUGAUGUUCUACUGCACGCGGACACUGCCCAACGUGCUGGCCCUGCCCGUGGUGCUGCUGGCCCUCACGGCCUGGCUGCAGCGGCGGUGGGCCCGCUUCAUCUGGCUCUCGGCGCUGGCCAUCCUGGUCUUCAGGGCUGAGCUGAGCCUGCUCCUGGGCCUCGUGCUGCUGCUGCUGCUCUGCACCCGGCGGCUGACAGUGGCCAAGGCCCUGCGCUGCGCCCUGCCCGCCGGCCUGCUCUGCCUCGGACUGACAGUGGCUGUGGACUCCUACUUCUGGCGCUACCUGGUGUGGCCGGAGGGAGCGGUGCUCUGGUACAACGUCGUCCAGAACAAAAGCUCCAACUGGGGGACCUCGCCCCUGCUGUGGUACUUCUACUCGGCCCUGCCCCGAGGCCUGGGCGGCAGCCUGCUCUUCGUGCCCCUGGGCCUCGUGGACAGGAGGGCCCUGGCGCUGCUCCUGCCGGCCCUGGGCUUCGUGGGCCUGUACUCGCUGCUGCCGCACAAGGAGCUGCGUUUCAUCAUCUACACCUUCCCCCUGCUCAACGCCGUGGCCGCCCGGGGCUGCGCCUACCUGCUGAACAACCACCGGAAGUCUUGGCUGUUCAGAGCGGGCUCGCUCCUGGUGAUUGGGCACCUGGUGGCAAACGCCGCCUACUCUGCCACGGCCCUACGUCGUCCUGCACAUCGACGUGGCUGCCGCGCAGACGGGCGUGUCUCGGUUUCUGGAGGUCAAUGGCGCCUGGAGGUACGAGAAGAGGGAGGACGUGCGGCCUGGGUCAGAGCGCAUGCUGGCCUACACGCACCUGCUGGUGGAGGCCACGCCCGAGCGCCUGGCCCUCUACAGGGACACACACCGGGUGCUGGCCAGGGUCGCGGGCACCACCGGGGUGAGUCUGAACCUGACCAGGCUGCCUCCUUUCAACGUCCACCUACAGACAAAGGUGGUGCUUCUGGAGAGACUCCUGGGGCCCUCCUGAGGGGACCGGACAGCGUCUCCCAGGCUCCUCCAGCGUGUGGCAUGAGACAGCAGGGUAAUAAUCCUGGGGCCACGGAGCGCUUCCCACCGGGUCUGAGGGGCAGGCUGCACCUGCUGGCCACCACGCCCGAGCACAGCCCCGUGGCCACACCGCUCACUGCUGGUGAGCACGAGGGUCCUGGGCGCAGUGGCGGGGACAGCGGGCUGCUCCUGAGCGGCCACCAGCUCCCUGUCGUGGUCAUGGGGCAGGUUCCACCUCAGGGGCGCUUCAGCACACACACAUGUUCAGACGGCACGAGAAUUAAAAUUUGUAAAUCUUUUCUUGUUAGUGGUCGUAUAUGCGUCAUGUUUCCAGAGAGCACCUUCACCUGGAUUUUACUUUUAAGGUGAUUUUGGCACUUUUAU